AUGACAACACUGCAAAAUAAAGAAUGUGGGAAAAGACCAAAGAGACGUUUUGCUCCACCUACACAAAAAGUGCAUGGAUUGAUGCCUGCUAGCCCUAACUCACUAAAGGAAGACCCUCUGGAGAAUACUUCCCCAGAGAGAGAAAACAUGCCAAGUCUGUCAAAGGCCAAGUUAGAGAAGAAUGAAAAAGCAACAACAGAGAAUGGCCCAGUCGGUGGCCAAAAUAAGAAAGGAAAAAACUUACACAAGCACUCAGAGAAGAAAGCAGAAAAGGAAAGAACAAGUCUUAGCAAUGCAGAAUUUGAGGAGAUUGUCCAGACUGUGCUGCGGAAGUCCAUAGAGGAGUGCUUGGAGACAUCUUGUGCCCAGCGUGUAGGAUGUAUCCAGACAGCUAAGGGACCAGGAAUUGCUUCUAUUACUGCUGAUAAUGAUAAUACUGAUGGAGACGAGCUAACUGUACCUCAUACUCCAGCGUCUCAGCAAAAUGAAGUUGUCCCCAAGGUAAAUGAAUCUAAGCCAGACCAGCUAGAUCCUGCAUUUUCUGAGAAAAAAUUCAAAAGACUCUCCUUAAACAAAAGAAAGAAGGGAGCGCAAAAUGAGGAAUUGGAACAUGAACAGGAAGAACAAACAAAGAACAUUAUUCCAAAUUGUCCUCAGAUCAAGGAACCACAAAAAGGAGAGAGUGGUGGUUUUGGUCAUUGUCUAGUCUGGGUCCAGUGUUCUUCUCCAAACUGUGAAAAAUGGAGGCAGCUACGAGGGAACAUUGACCCUUCUAUUCUCCCAGAAAAUUGGUCUUGUGAUCAGAAUACAGACGUGGAGUAUAAUCGCUGUGAUAUUCCUGAGGAGACCUGGAUAGGGCCUGAAAGUGAUGUGGCUUAUGCCUCCUACAUCCCAGGAUCCAUCAUCUGGGCUAAGCAAUAUGGUUACCCCUGGUGGCCAGGCAUGGUAGAAUCUGAUCCUGAUCUGGGAGAAUAUUUUCUCUUUGCUUCUCACCUUGAUUCACUACCAUCUAAGUACCACAUAACAUUUUUUGGAGACACUGUUUCUCGUGCUUGGAUCCCAGUCAACAUGCUAAAGAACUUUCAGGAGCUGUCCCUGGAGCUGGCUGGAGUGAAAAAGUUCAAGAACAAGGACUUCAGCCAGAAACUCAAGGCAGCUCUCCUGAUGGCUCAGGCAGCAGAACAGAUCAGCAUUCAGGAACGGGUGAACUUGUUUGGUUUUCACAGCCGAUACGAUGGAUUUGACAGUACCGAGGAAGGAAAAGACUUAAUGCUUUCUGAGCCUGACUUAGAGAAAGAAGAAAUGGAGUCCGAAAUGGAAGAAGGAAAAAAAACAGACCCAACUUUGCCUGGUCCUAAACCAGUCAAAAAACGAGCCAAAAAACCCAAACCAAGAGGUAUGUGGGGUGAUGCAGGCCAAGUAAAUGGACGCACUGGGACCUUGCAAAAGAAGACAAAGAGAUCUCUGGGAGAUGAAGCCACAGCUCCUCCUGUGCUCACGACGGCAGAACAAGAAGACCAAGAGAAUUCAGAGCCUCAGCAGCCAGCUCUUCAUAAUGGGGGCUGCCCCACGAUGGAGAAGGAAGAGCCUGGGCCCCAGGAAUCACCUCAGGGUGCUGAGCGUAUUCCCCCCGAAGACGAAGCUUCCAGUGACGUGGACCUGGAGAUGCUCCUGGAAGAUCGCCCCCUCCCGGCCCCCCCUCUGCUCAGGCAGAGGCCCCAGGCCUUCUGCAGCUGCAGUCGGCGGCGCCACUUCCCGGCGAACGUGUCCUGGACACUUGGGGGCGAUGAGCAGCCACCACAAACCUCAGCCUUGAGGAGUGCGGCGGUGGCGACACCACGUCUCCGUCUUUCCAAGAGUGUGCCUACGGGAGCGUCCAUCCCCAUCAGAGAGGCAGAGCUGUGGAUGGAGGCAGGCAGGCUGCCAGGGUUCCGGCCCUGGGGCGAGUGCAGUACAGGUGGAGAGUUGCUGGUGGGAGUGGACCAUCUCCAGGCUGCUGGGCAGAAGGACGUGGUGAUCAUGGGCAUGAAGCUGAUGUAA